CUUAUUCUUUCGCUUUCCCUUUCCCUUUCCCUUUCCCUUCUCUUUCUUCGACUCCUGUCCUCGACGAUUGAGACUCAGAUUGGAAGAGGAGAGAGAGGGGAGGGUCUAGCGUGUGGGCGGCUCCUUCCUGGAUGUCCCAUGGACUCAUCCUGGAAGCAGUGUUGAAGAGGUUAGCAGCAAGACUGGUGCAGAGGGAAGCAGAGCAAGGGAAUGAAGCAGUGGCGGGGAAGGUGUAGAGCGGCUGUAAUGGGCAAUAAUACGAAGGACGAUGGUAUCGCUGAAGCAGCUGCACCGUUGCGUCGUGCUGCGUUGUUCCCACGCACGGUCGAUCGAAUGAAGAACGAAAGGAUGGGGGAUGGAAAGGAACGGAUAUAUAGCCCUGUAUGAGUGCAUGCUGUGUGGAUGAAUGUAUAUCGUACACUGUAGGGCUCUACGCGUCCUUCUUCUUUCACUCACCCGUCCAUGCAAUCCAAAGUGGAUGCGUUCGAACGUCCUUUUCGAGGGAACACCAUUGGUCGGAUUCAAGUACGCGCUCUGCACCGCACAAUCACAGACGCGCGUGGUGUCGCUUUUUCACUUUUUGCACACCUUCCCAGUGGCGACAAGUGUCUAGCCAAUCACAGUCCUGCAGCCCAGCUGAAAGGGCGAUCAGUUCGCGCCUCCGCCUUCGCAUCUCUUCUUUUUCCAUCAUCCUUUUCCCCUUUCUCUUCGAAAUCAUCUUCGACGCACCAAACAACUCAACCCCCAGCAACAAAGACAGCACCCAUGGCCAACAACCACGACGAAGACACGGAAUGGAACGACAUCCUCCGUGCAAAGGGCAUCAUCCCUCAGAAAGAGGGCCAGAUCACCGAGGCAGACAUCAUCGACAUGAUUGACGAGGCCAUCGCAAAGCGGAAUGACAAGAACUAUGAGCAGAAGACUGUCGACGAACUUGACGAGCUGCUGGACGAGGACAAUGAAGAAGAAGAACGAGUUUUGAUGGAGUAUAGGCAACAGAGACUCAACGCGAUGAAGCAGGAAAUGUCAGAGGACAAGUUCGGAGAGAUUCAGCACAUUUACAAGACAGAUUUCGUUCGCGAGGUCUCUGAAGCGAGCAAAGACAUCUGGGUAGUCGUCUUUUUAUAUAAGGAAUACCUGCCCAUUUGUAAGCUAAUGGGUGCACAUCUCGCUACAGUCGCCGCCAGGAACAAAGCAACCAAGUUUGUAAAGAUCAUUGGAGAUCAAUGCAUCCCCAACUAUCCCGACCGCAACCUACCCACACUCUUGAUCUACGGCAAUGGAGACAUGAAGACACAGCUCGUUGGAGCAGCACAGCUUGGAGGCCUGAACAUGAAGCCUGAAGAUAUCGAAGCAUAUCUCCGUCGUGUAGGAGCCAUCAAGUUGCCAGAGUCAAGGUCCUCCAAAUUUGAAGAGACCAAGCAAUCGUCGAUCCGCAGCUCAGCAACAGCAGCGCUCAGCGACGACGAUGAAUACGACAGCGAUGAUUAGUGUUUUAGACAAAUAAAGAUGCGUAUGUGACACACU